AUGUUUGACCUUUGCAGGCAGGCUCAAGAGUGCUUUUUUGUUUACUACCUGAAGAGACGAGCAAUGAGUACUGCCAGUGGACCUCACUUGGUUCCGAUUCCGCCAACUGGCCCAGCUCCCAAGUGGCGGUUCCAGCGGGCUCAAGUGGCGGCCUCCAGUGACCGACAUGUGAUGCGCCUUCCGAGGAUCUUGGAAGAAGAACGGAAGCCUUCAAUUGAGACGCUGCUGGAAGAAAGAGAUGCACGACGGCAUCGGCGCUCCAAAUUCCAUGGUGGCGCUUUGGAAUGGAGUCGUCAGGGAAAGCAUGCGCAGUUGCUUGAUGUGGAAGAAUAUGCCAACCUGUUUGAUGACUAG